AUGCUUUCAACAUAAGUAUUUAAUUCUUUUGCUUAAAGAUAAAGCAAUGGAAUAAUCAAACUAUUGGCAUAUGGUGUGUUCUUCGGAGGUGCUUAUGGUUGUGCUUGGCAUUAAUGGAAAGGAGGAUAACAAAAAUAAUUAUAUGAGAAAGUUGAGAAUGAAAUUACAGAAUGGAAACCUGUUAGUAUAAAUGGACUGAACGCAAGCAGAUAUCCAUGGGUUUAAAAUAUAAGAAAUUGGGAGUAUAAAUUAGUGAAAUUGUAUGGAUAUUUCAGAGAUGAAAGAUUUUUUGUGAGAAGAGAAAGAGAAGGCAGAGAUGGAUUCCUUGUGUUUGCACCAUUCGUAACAGCAUUGCAAUUUAAUGAUACUGAACAGGAUCCAGAAUAAACGACCAAAUCAUAAGUGAUGGUAAAUUUAGGAUGGGUGCCCAAGGAUAACAUUAGUGAUAUCUAAAUGGGUUAGGAACCUAUUGGAACAACAACCUAUGAUAACGUGCCUCAUAAUGAGGAUGAUGAUUAAUUGACAGGUUUCAAUAGAAAUAUUGCCAAUAUGGAGGAAGAUUAUCAAAUGCCAUUUGUAGAAUUUGUAGGUAUGGUGAGAAAAGGAGAAGAGGAAGACAUAUUAAAAGGAAGAAGAAAUUGGCCAAGAGAAGGAGUCUAUAAUUACAUCGACUUAUGGUUCAUGUCUAGAUUAUACAGAUCAUUCAAUUUAACUGAUUCUUCAGCUGCAUACAUUGAAAGAUUAGUAUAGGAAUACGACGAAGAAUCAGCUAACUUAUAUCCUAUUCCUGCAACCAAAGACAACUUUGAUAAGCCUCUACCUACCCCCUAGACUCAUUAAGCAUAUUCAUUGUUUUUUGGAUUGUCAUCAAUAAUGUCCUUAGCACUAUUAGCUAUAAGGAGAUGAUUAGAUCUAUCAUAAAUGCAAUAAAAAUAAAAUAUUAAUCUAUCACGAUCAA